CUGCAUCUAGGAUGUUCUUUGCGGGUGCAAGGUAAGCUUUCCAUUCUCACAUUAUUGAAAAUCCAAGAAUGGGAGCCACACGGAAAUUCUGUUUACAGAGAAGGGAAACUACCCGAAAUGCUCUCAAUGAUCUCGAUUGAUAACCUCACGCCUCUUCCUUCAUUGACAUUCUUGGGAGCAAUUUCCAUAGCUAUGGUUUUCGUUGGGGAUGUGUACACAUUGAUCAACUAUACAACUUUCACAGAAAGUCUUGUUAUCACAUCUUCGGUGGUUGGCUUACUCAAAAUCAGACUUACAACAUCAAAUGAGAAAGUUCCAAUCAAAGUAAGUUACAAUUUGCUUCAUUAUUAUUAUAAAAAGAUAAUCAUGCUAUUCCCUCAGCAAACCAUUCUGAUCCCGAUAACAUUUCUACUGCUAUGCUGUCUGAUGCUCGCAUUGCCAUUUUUCUCACAACCGAGUGAGCUCAUAGCGAGUGUGAUCAUCAUUCUGUCUGGGAUACCAGUCUACUUUUUGUUUGUAUGGAACACAAAAAGACCGAAAAUGCUCUAUGCACCAUGGGUUGCCUUGACACAUUUCGUACAAAAACUGUUGUUAUGCGUGCCAAGCGAAAAAUAG